UGUAGCACUGUGAUCAUAUCUUGUACCUCAAUUGAUGAAUUAGCCAUCGAAAGAUAUGAUCGAAGCAAGGAGGGGCCAUGGUUGUGUCAAAUUCCGGAGAUAUUCUUCUACUGUAGAUAUAAACAUGUAAAUAAUGCCACUGAAUGUUUCUGGAAUGUAUUAAUUCAUUACAGAUAUCCAUAGAAAUACUUUGGUUGCUUGUUAAGAAAAUUAUUGUAUUCUCGUUAUACAAAGUUGUGCUCACACUUUCUGGGAAACCCUAAAUAUUAUACAGUGACAUCACCUAAUUCCACGGUUGAUUUUUUUGUAUUUCUUUAAUAUAUUGAUUUCAGGAGUCAUUGAGUUACAUGAAAGGCACACUGCCUUGUAUCUCAAAGAGAAAGUUGAAGAGCUUUGCGCAAAAUUUGGAAUUAAACGUUCUCAAAUUUAUUCAGCAACUGUUGAUAACGGUCGCAACGUGGUCAAAGCAGUCGAUCUCAUGCAAGAAUGGGCAACUGAUGAUGAAGAUGCCGAGAACGAAUCGCUCAUGGACGAUUCCGGUCAAGUUCAAGACAUGGAUGAUGAUGCCGCACACGAACACCUGGUACACCUCACUGAUGAAUUCGAAGAGUCCCUAAGAGAGCACAAAGUGGAGUGCAUUAGAUGCGGAUCACAUACCAUCAAUCUUGUCGUGAACGAUGUGACGAGUGCUUCAGAACGAGAUGACGAUGCUCUGAAGCACAUUGUAAAAAUUGUGAAAUCCUAUCGGAGAGCUGAAUACAAGAAAGCGUUUAAAAUCACUAAAACAUCCAUGCCACCGAUUCCCAAUAAAACUCGUUGGAACGUGUACUACAGCAUGGCCACAGAGUUAUUGGAGAAUCGAGAGUUUUUCACCGAUAUGGGAUCGCAAUAUAAAGAACAAGAUCUAUCCGACUACUGGAGCUUCCUGGAAGAAUAUCAAGAAGCAUUCCAGCCACUAUACGAAGCGUCAAUGAGGUCUCAGAAAAUGGAAUGUGGAAUUAGCCAGUUCCACCUCGAAUGGCUUAAGGCCUUUGGGAAAGUUAAGUCUUUGAAAACGAACAGAUUCACUUCAACGGUUCUGCAAUCCAUGGCGAAGAGGCAGCAGACCAUGACGAGCAACAUUGCGUACAAAGCCGCUUUAUUCAUGGACCCCCGAUUUUCGUAUAAUGGCUCGGAACUCUUCAAGACGGACGAAAAAACUGAAGUAGUGGCUUAUCUUAUCGGCGUAUGGAAAAAAAUAAACGCAAAUUUUCCGGAUGUGAAUACGGAACAAACCUCCAAAUCUGAUACAGACACUGGUCCAAUGGAUUCGUCGUUUGACAUAAACGAUUUCUUCACAGAGUUGUUUGGACAGGGCACCUCUGCGCGGUCUCAGGCUCCGAACUCGCUGGAAGACAAAUUGUAUCAAAUCCAGUACCAAGACCGAGUGAAUCCAGCGGAUGAAAACUUCAAUGUAAUCCACUACUGGUACACUCAGAAAGUACGGGAUGAAAGGCUGUGGAAGAUUGCACAAGUUGUGUACGCUGCCGCAUCCUCGCAGGCUGCCGUGGAGCGAGAUUUCUCUGCCUAUAACCUUAUUUUCACAAACUCGAGGAACAGGCUGGCAGGAGACACAAUCGAAAGUGUCCUGAAAGUCAAGCUAAACCGAGAUUUGCUUGACUCGGCCAUCCGUGAAAUAUACAAAACAAAGAUGUAAGAAUAAGGAUACCUCAUAUGUUUAUUUCGCAUUUUUUUUCAACU